UGCCCAUCAGUCCCUCUGCUCAGAGCUGGCACCACCACGGGAUGGGCAUGGCCGACAACUCCACCAGCAACCUCCAUUCUACUGGGCCGCAGCUGAGUGUGGCUGACAUCAUUGUCAUCACCGUGUAUUUUGCCCUGAACGUGGCCGUGGGCAUAUGGUCCUCUUGUCAGGCCAGCAGGAACACCGUGAGCGGCUACUUCCUGGCAGGCCGGGACAUGACAUGGUGGCCGAUCGGAGCUUCCCUUUUUGCCAGCAGCGAGGGCUCUGGCCUCUUCAUCGGCUUGGCGGGCUCAGGCGCAGCUGGAGGCCUGGCCGUUGCAGGCUUCGAGUGGAAUGCCACAUAUGUGCUGUUGGCGCUGGCGUGGAUCUUUGUCCCGAUCUACAUCUCUUCAGAGAUUGUCACUUUGCCUGAGUACAUUCAGAAGCGCUAUGGAGGCCAGCGGAUUCGCAUGUACCUGUCUGUCCUGUCCCUGCUGCUGUCUGUCUUCACUAAGAUAUCGCUGGACCUGUACGCCGGGGCUCUCUUUGUGCACAUCUGUCUGGGCUGGAACUUCUACCUCUCCACCACCCUCACACUGGUCAUCACAGCCCUGUACACCAUUGCAGGGGGCCUAGCUGCUGUGAUCUACACGGAUGCCCUGCAGACACUCAUCAUGGUGGUGGGGGCUGUCAUUCUGACAGUCAAAGCUUUCAACCAGAUCGGUGGUUAUGGGCAGCUGGAGGCAGCCUAUGCCCGGGCCAUCCCCUCCAGGACCAUCGCCAACACCACCUGCCACCUGCCAAGGGCAGACGCCAUGCAUAUGUUCCGAAACCCCCACACAGGGGACCUGCCAUGGACCGGGAUGACUUUUGGCCUGACCAUCAUGGCCACCUGGUACUGGUGCACUGACCAGGUCAUCGUGCAGCGGUCACUGUCUGCCCGGGACCUGAACCACGCCAGGGCGGGCUCCAUCCUUGCCAGCUACCUCAAGAUGCUCCCCAUGGGCGUGAUCAUCAUGCCAGGCAUGAUCAGCCGGGUGCUGUUCCCAGAUGAGGUGGGCUGUGUGGUGCCGUCCGAGUGCGUUCGGGCCUGUGGGGCCGAGGUCGGCUGCUCCAACAUUGCCUACCCCAAGCUGGUCAUGGAGCUGAUGCCCACAGGUCUGCGGGGGCUGAUGAUUGCAGUGAUGAUGGCCGCACUCAUGUCGUCGCUGACCUCAAUCUUCAAUAGCAGCAGCACGCUCUUCACUAUGGACAUCUGGAGGCGGCUGAGGCCCCAUGCCAGUGAACGGGAGCUUCUGCUGGUAGGACGGCUGGUCAUCGUGGUGCUCAUUGGUGUGAGCGUGGCCUGGAUCCCCGUGCUGCAGGGAUCCAACAGCGGGCAGCUCUUCAUCUACAUGCAGUCAGUGACCAGCUCCCUGGCUCCCCCAGUCACUGCGGUCUUCAUCCUGGGCAUCUUCUGGCAGCGUGCCAAUGAGCAGGGGGCCUUCUGGGGCCUGAUGUUGGGGCUGGCGAUGGGAGCCACGAGGCUGGUUUUGGAAUUCCUGCACCCUGCCCCACCCUGUGGCGAGCCGGACAUGCGGCCGGCCAUCCUGGGCAGCAUCCACUACCUACACUUUGCCAUUGCCCUCUUUGUGCUCACCAGUGCUGUUGUGGUGGCCGGGAGCCUGCUGACCCCAGCCCCCCAGCGUGUUCAGAUUGAGAACCUCACAUGGUGGACCCUGGCUCGGGACCUGCCCUUGGGAGCCAAAACAGGUAAUGGCCAAAAGUCCCAGAAAUACACUUUCUGGGCCCGUGUCUGUGGCUUUAAUGCCAUCCUUCUCAUGUGUGUCAACAUCUUCUUCUACGCAUACUUCGCCUGACGCUGCCACCCAGGGCAGGCAGGCAGGAGCCCUGAGUCCUCAGGUCUACCCCUUCUCCUAAUGGGGACACCAAGGCCCAGAGGUGGACUCUCCUCCCAGCUACCCAGCGGGUCAUUAUCCAGGGACUGGCUGAGCCAGUAAAGCAGGAGCCCAGAAUAAUUAGGGAGAAAUGGGAAAAAAAUUAUAGAAUUUCAAAAAUGCACCAAAGUCAUCAUAAUUAGAAAGAAAAUUAGAUUUUUGAUGGACCACUUUAUACUGGUUUCACUGUUUUUGUUUAGAAUACAUGGGCCAGGUCAGGAGCAGCAUAAUUUUCAGAGCUCAGGGUUUGGAGGGUCUUGGUCCCCAUCUGGAUGAAGAACUCCACAUGUCUGUAACACAGGGCCCCUCCAGGGACUGCAGUAGCCUCCAGGGCUUUUCCCUCCAUCUCACCUGCACCCAAAUGCCAGGGGGAGCUCUCCUACCCUCCUGUCCUGCACACCAGCCCCUCCACUGUCAGCCUGGUGUUCAAAGCCUUUCCAAGCCCACCUGACUUGUCCUGUCCUGAAGGUACCAGACUCUGUGCCCUGCACUGGCUACACGUCCUGUCCUUCCUUAGCCCCCACCUAAUCUCUCUGCCCUACUCUGGUCUUGCUGGAUCUCUGAAACCCAACUCUGGCUCCAACUUCCCAUCUGGCCUAUAGGCUUCUUGGCUAUAAGUUCCUUGGGCCCGAGUUUGGGCAGAACCUGGGCCUGAAGAGCCAGCACAACCUCAGUAUCCUGCGUGGCUGGGCCCAGGGCUUGUCUCUUGGAGCUUCCAUAGGAGAACACUGUGUCCAUUUUCCCCACUGCCCCCCACCCCCAUCCUCAGGGUCUCGGGGGCUCCAGCCCCUCCCCAAAGUGUCUGUGUUGGAGCAGAGGUGCCAGCUGCUCCAUCUGGAGCCCAAAGUCAUGAGGCUAAAAAGUUGGUGUCCACCUGGAGUCUGUCCAGCAAGUCCAUAUCAAUAGGAAUGCAGCAUGUCCCUAGGGGCAAAGCCCCUCCCCAAUGGCCCAGACAACUUGAGAGGCCUUUGGAGGAAGAGGCAGGCAGACCUAGCAGGUGGUCUGCCAAGGCAACCCUUUCAUCAUGCCCAGGGUUCCUUGGGCUGAGCUAUAUAACCACCCCCCACACCCCAACUCCUGUGAGUGCAACAUGGGAGUCCUCAACCUUCCCAGAGGUGGGGCCA